UCCCAAAGGAAGCCAAAGCUUAACCAAAUUACCUUUUAAAUCUAAUAGCUGCUUACUGUCAACCUGAUUGUUUUCUUUACUGUAAUUUUUUUUAUCAAUUGUGUCCAGUUUUUGAUUUUUUAGGUCUUGAUUAACGUUCUCCAUUUCUCCAUUUUCUUCUCAUAACUCGAACAGUUUUGAUUCAUCAAGAUGACUGAUGCCAAAUACUUUGCAAACACCAAAAGAGGUGAACUAUUUGAAUUAAAAGGAGAACUGAAUAGUGAUAAAAAAGAGAAAAGAAGGGAAGCCGUGAAAAAGGUCAUCGCAUCUAUGACAGUGGGUAAAGAUGUUUCCUCGCUAUUUCCUGAUGUAGUCAAUUGUAUGCAAACGGAUAAUUUGGAGCUCAAAAAAUUAGUUUAUCUAUACCUCAUGAAUUAUGCUAAAAGUCAACCAGAUAUGGCAAUCAUGGCAGUCAACACAUUUGUCCGAGAUUGUGAUGAUCCAAAUCCAUUGAUCAGAGCACUUGCUGUUCGAACGAUGGGUUGUAUUCGGGUUGAUAAGAUCACUGAAUAUCUAACUGAACCCCUGAGGAAAUGUUUACGAGAUGAAGAUCCUUAUGUGAGAAAAACUGCGGCUGUUUGCGUAGCCAAGCUUCAUGACAUUAAUGCAUCUAUGGUAGAAGAGCAAGGAUUUCUUGAUUUAUUGCGAGAACUUCUUUCAGAUUCCAAUCCUAUGGUUGUUGCUAAUGCUGUCGCUGCUCUGUCUGAAAUUAAUGAAGCAUCAAGCACUGGUCAACCUUUGGUUGAAUUUAAUUCUCAAACAAUCAACAAGCUGCUCACAGCACUUAAUGAAUGUACUGAAUGGGGACAGGUUUUCAUUUUGGAUGCUUUGGCAAAUUAUUCAACUAAAGAUGAUCGUGAAGCCCAGAGUAUUUGUGAGCGAGUUACUCCAAGAUUAGCUCAUGCAAAUGCUGCUGUUGUCCUUAGUGCGGUCAAAGUUUUAAUGAAAUUUAUGGAGAGAAUGAAUGAUGCUGAAUUCGUCUCAACCCUUACGAAGAAAUUGGCUCCCCCAUUGGUUACAUUACUUUCCAGUGAACCUGAAGUACAGUACGUAGCUCUCAGAAAUAUCAAUUUAAUUGUUCAAAAGAGACCAGAUAUUCUGAAACAUGAAAUGAAGGUUUUCUUUGUUAAAUAUAAUGAUCCAAUCUAUGUUAAAUUGGAAAAGCUCGACAUCAUGAUAAGAUUGGCUUCUCAAGCAAAUAUUACUCAAGUUCUUGCUGAACUAAAAGAGUAUGCGACCGAAGUUGACGUUGAUUUUGUUCGUAAAGCUGUACGAGCAAUUGGUCGUUGUGCUAUCAAAGUUGAACAAUCAGCGGAGAGGUGUGUUGCUACUUUGUUAGAUCUCAUUCAAACAAAGGUGAAUUAUGUUGUUCAGGAGGCAAUUGUUGUGAUUAAAGAUAUCUUCAGAAAAUAUCCUAACAAGUAUGAGAGUAUCAUUUCCACUCUCUGUGAAAAUCUCGACACAUUAGAUGAACCAGAGGCCCGAGCUUCGAUGAUAUGGAUUAUCGGUGAAUAUGCCGAACGUAUCGAUAAUGCAGAUGAGCUGUUGGAAAAUUUCCUUGAAGGUUUCCAUGAUGAAAAUGCCCAAGUUCAGUUAUCAUUACUUACAGCUAUUGUCAAACUUUUCUUGAAAAGACCUACUGAAACUCAAGAAGUAGUCCAACAAGUUCUCAGUCUAGCUACACAGGACAGUGACAACCCAGAUCUCCGUGAUCGAGGUUUCAUUUACUGGCGUCUACUAUCAACUGAUCCAGCUGCUGCUAAAGAAGUUGUCCUGGCCGAGAAGCCUCUGAUUUCUGAAGAAACUGAUCUUUUGGAACCAACUCUGCUCGACGAGCUGAUUUGUCAUAUUGGAAGUCUAGCUUCAGUUUAUCAUAAGCCUCCUUCAGCCUUCGUUGAAGGUAAAACUGGUCUCAGAAAAAGUCUUAAUCCUCGUUCAGGAUCCGGCGAUGAUGGCCAAUUGUCUAACGCUACAAACGAACAGCAACCUACCGUAAUCCCAUCACAGGAAACUCUCAUUGGUGAUCUUCUCAGCCUCGAGCUUAAUCCUCCCCCCGUUCAACCAACUUACACUACUUCACCAAUUAACAGUUAUUCCAAUGUUGAUAUACUUGGAGGUGGUUUAGACACACUUUUGGGUGGUAAUGAUAUUUCACAACCAGCUCCUCCAGUGCCCAGCACAACAUUCCCACCAACUGCCUCUGUACCCAUUCCACCUGUUCCAGUCUCUUCAACUUCUGGACUUCUUGGUGAUAUAUUUGGCAUUCCAGUUACUAGUACCUUUUUCACCCCACCUAAAGAGCUUUGGCUCUCAGCUACUGAUGGUAAAGGCCUUGAACUAUCAGGGACAUUCACUCGUCGUAAUGGUGCAAUUCAUAUGGAGAUGACUUUUGUUAACCGAGCAAUGCAAUCCAUGACAGGAUUUGCUAUACAGUUUAACAAGAACAGCUUUGGCUUGGCUCCUGGUCAACCAUUGACUGUCCAAACACCCCUCCAACCAAAUUUAUCCUCAGAUGCGAGUCUACCUUUGAGCACCAAUGGGCCUGUUCAAAAAAUGAAUCCAUUGACAAACCUUCAAGUUGCAGUAAAAAACAACGUCGGAAUAUUUUACUUCAGUGCAGUUGUACCAUUGCAUGUUUACUGUGUUGAAGAUGGUAGCAUGGAUAAACGCGUUUUCUUGUCCACCUGGAAAGAGAUUCCAUCUCAGAAUGAAUUGCAGUUUCCCAUUAAUGGUGUUAACCUUGAUGCUGAUGCUAUUUCAUCCAAACUACAAUCCAAUAACGUUUUUACAAUUGCUAAACGAACUGUUGAAGGAAACGAUAUGCUAUACCAAUCGUUCAAAUUAACUAAUAAUAUGUGGAUCCUCGCUGAGCUCAAGAUUCAACCCGGUAGUCCAGAUAUACAAUUAUCUGUUAAAUCCAGAGUCACCGAGAUCGCUUCCUGCGUGCAUAAAAUGUACGAAAUUUUACUCUUAAACUGAGCCAGCAUUCGAAAUUGGGUGUUUUGAUUUUCAAGCUAUUAGAUCGUUGCGUUAAAGAUUGCAUAUCCAUUUAAAAAGCAAAAAAUAAUUUAAUCGAAGUUAAUUGUACUCAUUAGAAGAAGAUAAAUAAUAAAUGUAAUUUAUUUGAACUCGAUAGUUACUCAUGGAAUCAAAUUUGCAAAUUUUUGUUCUGAUGUGAAAAUAAUAAUUAUUGUCAUAUUUUUAAGAUACGUCAUCUCUUUGAAUUAAUUUUUUUCCAUGACUUCUUUCAAUUGUUUUCAUAUAUUCCCAAUCAGAAAAGGAGUAAAUAUUUCGAGAGAUUGCAAAUUUCAAAAAUAUCUGUUAUUUUAAUUUUAAUAUUGUGUUUUUUUAAAUUGUCAAAAGUUCACUAAAUUAAAUCUUAUGGUUGAUAUUA